CUCACGUUUUAUGACAGGUUGAGAAAAUCCAGAUUAGAGCACUCAAGAUGAAUUACUUUUCUUUAAGUGUUUUUAUGAUGUUUUUCUCUAUAGGCACUGGAGAAUCGUGCACAAAAAUGAGUGAGAAUCAACACUACUCGUGCAUGGGAAGAAACCUCAGCUACAUCCCAGCUAGUAUACCCUCUUCUGUUCACACACUGGAUUUCAGCUUUAAUGUCUUGAAACACUUACAGAAGACUGUAUUCCCAGUUCUGCCUUUUCUGCAAGUUCUUGAUCUGUCAAGAUGUCACAUCGAACACAUUGAAAAUGAUUCUUUCUACAAUGUGAGAAAUUUAACUUCUUUGAUUCUGACUGGAAACCCCGUUACACAUUUUGGACUUGAAUGUUUUAAUGUUUUACAUAAUCUACAGCGACUAGUUCUUGUGGAUGUUGGGCUCACUUCUUUACAGCUUCAUAUCAAUAAUUUAACCAGGCUACAGGAACUUAAAGUGGGAACAAAUAACAUUCAGUCCAUGACUCUCCCUUCAUUCAUGAGCACCUUCACACGCUUCAGUUUACUCGAUCUACAUGCCAAUAAUAUAUCCAUCAUAAAAUCUGAUCACACCGCUGUGUUACGAGAGAUUGGCAGAAAUAUGACUUUAAUACUGUGUAGGAAUACAUUAUUACACAUAGAACCAGGAGCUUUCAAAGACAUUUAUCUGAAAGAGCUGGACAUACGGUCUGCUUUUGUCUCAGUUGCUGCUCAAAAAGUUGGUCUAAAAGCUCUCAAUGGUCUUAUUUUGAAAAGGUUAAUAUUAGGAAAGUACAGGGGGACAUACAGAUUUGACUUAUUGGAUAAUGAGUUUUUAGAUGGCCUUUGCUGUUUUUAUUUUCAGGAGAUUUAUUAUUAUAUUAUAGAAAGGCCUAUGGAGCAAUUUCCCAUCUUUCGGUGUAUGAUUAAUGCCACAAAUAUAACAGUAAAGAAUGGAGUGUUUUCUGAAAUGGAUCAUGUACAUUUUCAUAAAAUCAAGGAGCUUUAUUUAAUUUCCAAUAGAUUAGACACCUUGCCAGGCAAAAUACUUUCACAUCUCUAUACUUUAGAAAAACUAGUAAUAACAAAUAGCGGAGCUGUUCGAGCUGAAACCUUUAUAGACAUGCCUAAACUUCAGUAUUUAGAUCUAAGCUCUAACCGACUGACAUUAACACCAUGCUGUACAGCACUUUUGUCUGGCACACCUCAAAUCAAAUACUUGAAUUUAAGCCUGAAUUCAGAAAUCGGACUUCGCAUUGAAGCAUUUGAUGGUCUUGAUUCCCUUGAGAUUUUGGAUUUUCAUCAUACAAGGGUUUUAGAUUUGGGACACCUCUCACUUUUGUAUAUCUUAAAGAAUUUGAGGUAUCUGGAUGUCUCUUAUUCAAGUAUCACCUUUGAUAAUGUUCAGUGUUUUUAUGGGCUGAUCAGUCUUAAUGUGCUUAAAAUAGCUGGCAACAAUUUUCAGAGUGAUGUGGCAAGAUACGUCUUUAAAAAUCUUACAUGUUUAGAGUAUCUUGAUAUGUCGUAUUGUCAUUUAGCAGAAUUACACCCAAGCUCUUUCAAAGAUCUUCGAAGUCUUCACAUGUUGAUUCUCAGUGGAAACAAGUUAAUGACUGUAGAUUUUCUCACCUUUUCAAACCUGGAGAAAUUAACAUCACUUUAUGUAAAUAAAAACAGCAUUAUUAGUAUCUCACUUGAUGUUCUCCAGAAGUUACCCACAAACCUUUCAGUGUUCGACUUGUCCUCUAAUCCCAUCGAAUGCUCCUGUGCUCACACAGAUUUUAUUUUGUGGAUUAUCGAACAUCGAGGAAUUUUGGAGCAGCCGCAAAACAUAUUAUGUAAAACCUUUUCAGCAAGCUCAGAUUUUCCAGCUACUGAUUUUGACAUUGACAGCUGUGUGUACAACACAAGACUCACAGUUAUUUUAUUGAUCUGUUGUGUGACAGCAGUAACAGUUUUAUCAGUCGUGGCUUAUAGAUUCCAGUUUUAUCUGAAAUACUGCUGUAUACUACUGAAAGGUUAUAAAUCACCCAAACAACAAGAAUGUUCCUAUGAUGCCUUUGUGAUUUUCUCAAGCUAUGAUGAAAUGUGGAUCAUGAAUGAACUGGUGGAAAAUCUGGAGAACGGUGUUCCACCUGUUCACCUUUGCCUUCACAUGCGAGACUUUGAAGCCGGCAAAUCCAUCGCCUCCAACAUCAUAGAUGAAGGAAUUAUGGGUAGCCAGAAGGUGAUUGUGGUGGUGUCUCAGCACUUCAUUGAUAGUGCCUGGUGUCGCUUUGAGUUUGAAUUAGCUCAGUCCUGGUUUGUGAUGGAACGCAAUGCCAACAUCAUCAUCAUCAUUCUGGAAGAUGUGGAGGAGAGAAAAACUAAAAAAGUGUUUGGGCUUCAUAAACAUCUGAAAAAGAACACAUACCUGAAAUGGAGCAGAGAUCCUCUGAGUAACAUGAGAUUCUGGAUUCGACUUCGGAAAGCUGUCAUUGCCACAAAGAAAUAAAAUGUA